AUGGCUAAUGCGCAUCACCGAACCCUUGCCGCCGAUCCCGGCGACGAAUCCUUGGCCUCAGACCUGCAUCUUGAUCCUGGUGCUUUGAUGGAUCUUGAUGCUUUGACCUUUCCACUUGGCGAAGUAGGUUUUGAUAGCCAUGAUUCGUCUUUCCAGCCAGCGCACCCGGACUUCUUCAACACCUCGAUAGACGAGCUGUGGUCUGCAUCUCUGGCCCAUUCUGCUUCCGAAGAAAACAUCAACGAUGUCUUCGACCAACGCCUACACAAUGAUCCUGUAUCCAAUAGCGACCCAAGCCAAGCUAGCUCUGGUCCAUCGAAAACAGGACAUCUUCACAACAUCUCUGUCGACUCCGUAAACUCCGGAUCCAGUGCUGCUGUCGCCGACGCAAUCGCAUCGCCAAGGAACCCUUCCCUCCCACCUAAAAUUGGCCAUCGCUUCACUCGCGAGUCGGCCCGUGUUCUCAAACGAUGGUUCUCUGAGCACAGCGAGCACCCUUACCCCAGCGAGGAGGAAAAGACUAUGCUGCAGUGCCAAACCGGCUUGAGCCGGACUCAAGUCACCAACUGGCUGGCCAACGCCCGGAGGCGUCGAGCCGCGGAUGGGAGUGCUCGUGCAUCCUCGAGGGGUCGAUCUGGGUCGGCUCAAACUUCGAGAAGAGCUGGAACGCCAAUACCUCGAAGCAACACUUCUUAUCGGAACAUGGAUCCUCUGCAGCGAUGGGUUGAUUCACCUCCCGAGAAUGAACCAGCUGCCGCUUCUGCUAUUGCCCGGGCGAUGGCUUCCAGAGACGCAUUGCCAUCAUUGACUCGGAGACACACUGGCUCCAGCGAUGAAGGAUCAACCCACAGACGCCGCCAUGCAUCCUCAGCGAGCAGCUUUGCCACAUCCAGUGCCUCGACCGACUCGCGAUCCUCCAAGGGCUCGAUAAGUGCAUCUUCAUCUCUCAGUAGAGGCCGUUCAUAUCGCAAGAGACGAACACAGAAGACAUCUCUGGCCAUCCCUCGACACGCCUUCCAAUGCACCUUUUGCACCGAAACCUUUCGGACAAAGUAUGACUGGCAACGGCACGAGAACUCGCUGCAUUUACCACUCGAAAGAUGGGUCUGCUCUCCUCAUGGACCUACUGCCGUGAAUCCAGAAAGCGAUCAGACUUACUGCGUGUUCUGCGGUGAAGUUGAUCCUAGCGAAACUCACCUCGCCACUCACAAUCCCGCAGCCUGCCAGGAACGGUCUUUCAGUAGGAAAGACCAUCUUAAACAGCACCUGAGACUAGUCCACAACGCCGGACUGAUCGACCUCUCCCUGAAGCUGUGGAAGGCCGAGAAGCCAGAGAUUAAAUCUCGGUGCGGGUUCUGCAAGGCAGAGUUGGAGACUUGGCUGGACCGGGUGGAUCAUCUGUCGAAUCAUUUCAAACUGGGUUGCACCAUGGCAGACUGGUCUGGGAACUGGGGAUUCAACGAAUCGAUCCUGGAGACACUGGAAAAUGCUAUGCCACCUUACUUGAUCGACUUUGAAAGGGGAACCCCGUUUCCUUUCGAAGCCAGCGGCAAACCUCCAGACUCUCCACGGAGCGCGUACGAGCUACUCACCAUCGAGCUGGCCUACUUUAUACAGAGCCAUUACGACUCGACAGGAGACAUGCCCAACAACAAAAGGCUGCAGCUCGAGGCAUGUCGCAUUAUCUUUGCCUCUGAAGUCAUGUUUCCAGAGGAGAAUCCGGAUAUGCACGGUGGCUUCUCGUGGCUGAGAGACCUCAUUCUAUCCUCGCCUGAUAUCACUCAACAAGCCCGUUUCGGACCUAUACGCUCACGAGCCGAGAGUAGGUUAUCCGUCAUGAAGAUCAAAGGCAAAAAUGCACUGUUCGAGACAUGUCCACUCGAAUCCCACCUGCACGCAUUUGUCCAUGCGAAACGUGCCGCCGGAAUCUUGGUUGUGCAAGACCACGAGUUGCAGAAAGAAGCUUGCAGAAUUAUCACUCUCAUGGAGGAUGACAUGGGGUCAACUCCUGACUUUGUGGCAAACUGGUUGGUUACGCUGAUCAGCAAGUCGACUGACUGGCUUCAUGACUUUCGUCGACGGGCAAACCUGCUUUUGAAGGAUGACUUGUGGAGCAGCGUUCCCCAGAGCGGAUCAAGCUCUCUACCCUCCUGGAUGGCGAAUGACCGCCAGGUGCUCGAUCUACUUUCAAACGACCUGGGGCCGAGAAACUGGACAAAUACCGGCUUAUUGGGUUUGAACAAUGCGGACACUGGCAUGCAACAUGGCGGUCUUCCAAACGGCCAAACCAGCUCAACAGACCUCGUUGAACCCUGGCUAGGCCAUUCAACUGCACCACAAACAUCACUAAGAAGUGUCAAAUCACCUCUACCGGCAGCCCCAACCACUGAGUGGCCCGUUUCUACUGGGUCUGGGGAAAGCCCGGGUACACCAGGGACGGGACCGAGCGAGGGCGACUCAAGUCUCCGACCUGCCUGGUUAAAGACGGGUAUAUUUAUCCUGAACGACUCGAAUCACCACCGAUGGCUGAAGCGCGAGCUCGCGAGAUGGGUGACGGCAACAAUGUCACCCAACAACCCCAACUGCCACGUUCCAUCCGACGAGGAACUGAGGCAUCAAGCUCGUUGCUUGCUGUUUAAUGAUGACGAUCCUUGGAAUCAAACUGCGGCGGAUAGUCCGCAGUGGCUGGAUGAUUUUAAACGUGAUUGCGGCAUUCUCUAG